AUGGAAGAAUUCCUACAAACGAACAAUGGCCUUGUGCCAAUUACGUACUCGUACAAAGAAAUAAAGGCAAUGACCAACAAUUUUAAGGAGAAAUUAGGUGAAGGCGGCUAUGGUUCAGUAUACAAAGGAAGACUGCGAAGUGUUCACUUAGCUGCUGUGAAGAUGCUAAACAAAUCAAAAUCUAAUGGACAAGAAUUCAUCAAUGAAGUUGCAACAAUUGAAAGAAUUCACCAUGUGAACGUGGUUCGACUAGUGGGAUUUUGUGUGAUCGCCUCAAAGUGUGCUCUAGUCUAUGAUUACAUGUCAAAUGGCUCCCUAGAUAAGUUAAUUUUCUCAGAUGGUCCAGAUGGUUCUCCAUUAAGUUGGAAGCAAGCUUGUGAGAUUGCAAAGGGUGUUGCUCGUGGGAUUGAUUACUUGCAUCAAGGCUGUAACAUGCAAAUUCUGCAUUUUGACAUUAAACCGCACAACAUCUUACUCGACGAGAACUUUGUUCCAAAAGUUUCAGACUUUGGACUUGCAAAACUUUACCCGAUGCAGAAGAGUGUUUCAACUCUUACUACUGUGAGAGGAACAUUAGGUUACAUGGCUCCAGAAUUGUUCUACAAAAGGGUUGGAAGAGUCUCGCAUAAGGCAAACGUUUACAGCUAUGGAAUGUUACUAAUGGAGAUGGCAGGAAGGCGAAGAAAUGCAAAUGAGCAUGCUGAGCAUUCAAGUCAAAUAUACUUCCCUUCAUGGAUAUAUGAUAGAUUUGACCAAGGAGAGGACAUAGAAAUCAGAGAUAAUGCCACUGAAGAUGAAAAAAUAGUUAUAAGAAAAUUGAUUUUGCUGGCAUUAUGGUGCACACAGAUGACACGGGAUGAUCGUCCUUCAAUGAGAGAGGUCUUAGAAAUGCUUGAAGGUGAUCUUAGGAGCCUAAAAUUGCCCCCUAAACAGUUGUUUUAUCCUCCAGAUUCACCCAUAUCCAUGCAAAGAAGCAGUCAUACUAGUCCCUCUGAUGAGUCAACAGAACCACUGUGUAGCUCUGUUGCUUUAGAAAUAGAGCAGAUGGAUGACUAUACUCCUACAUUCACUGAAAGCUUUGUAUAG